AUGGAUAAAAAGAGACAAAUAACACGUAAAACUACCAGAACACAGGCAUUGACCAUUGCCGAUGUACCAAGCAGCGCAACAAAUAGUGACGAGGAAGGCCUACAAGAUCAAAAUAAAUAUCUCAAACAAAUAAAUGAUAAGGAUAAAAUUAUUUUAAGUUUGAAAACAGAAAACAAAACUACAAAAGAGCUUUACAAGAAUUUGCAGUUAAAAUACGAAGAAAAUGAGCAGAAAUAUGUAAAACUAAGCGAGGAAAACGAAUCACUAAAGCACCUAGUUAAAGAAAAAGAAGAAGCAUGUAAUCAACUUAAAAUACAAAUAGAUAGAUUAAUUCAUGACAAUAAUGACCUCACACAGCAUAUUAGUACCGUAGAAACAGAUAAUAUAGAAAUUUUGACACCGUUAAAAUGUAAGAUACUAAAGGAUGAACAACUUAAUAGGAAUUUGGCGACAAAAAUUGAAGAACUAGAGGAAGAAAACUCUGAACUAAUAAGUGAAAUAAACAGAAUGAGGGAAGCAACUGGAAAUCAAGAUACCAUAAAUUCACCAGCGGAAAUAAAAAUACUUGAAGAUUGUAAUAAGGACCUUAAUAUUAAAGUUAACAAAUUGAUCUGCCGUCUAAGAAAUAUUACAAAUAACUACAAAAAACUUAAAACCAACUUCAAUCUAUUAAAGAAGAAGAGUAAUGGUAUUCUACCAGUGCAGCGUUCCCUAAAAACGAUGCAGAAGAAAAUACAAGACAUUGCAGAUACACUAGCUAACAAAACCACUAAUGAAGAAGACCAAUUGAAAGCUAACCCAGGUCCCAGUAUAUGCACGAGCGAUACUGUACAAUGUGAAAGAAACAAUUUAGAAGAUCAAGAAAAGAAAACGAAGCCUAAACUUCUGAUUGUGUCGGACCUGCAUGGCACGGAACUGUCUUUUAUACUAUCUAAGAUAAGGCGGAAGGAUUACGAUAUAUGCACGGACGUGGUUUACCUCGGAUCCACCGAGAGAGUACUGAUGAAUAUAGGACAAAAAGCAAUGCAUUUUACAAAAAAGGACUCUGUUGUGAUAAUGACAGGAGGCUGUGACUUCUAUGCUCAUACUCCAAGUGAAGUAGUUACUUAUAUAGACGAUGCUGUUAAGACUAUUGUAAAUUGUAAUGUUAUUGUGUGCACCAUACCAAACUGCAUUAACGAUUAUAAUUUUAAUCAAUUUAUCAAUCAUAUUAACAAUGGACUUCGUAACUUACCAUGUAAAUAUAAUAACGUAGUUAUUUCAUGUAUAGGAGAUAACUUAACAGAUAGAGACUAUAAAGAUGGAUAUAAAUUAAACCCUAGAGGAAAAUUUAAACUGGCUAUGUCAAUUAAUGAUACACUUAGGUUAAUUAAUGAGAAGUUUUAUAAUAGCCUGGCUUUUUUAUGAAUGCUGACAUGUCCUUGACUAACGAAACAUUGGAAGAUGUAUUUUCUGUGAUGCACCUUAAUAUUAACAGACUAAGAAACAAACUGCUCAGCUUAGAAGCAUUUUUAGAAUUCGAAUUACAAGAAAAUCCUGCUGUAAUAGCAAUAACGGAAACGUGGCUUGAACCGAAUGAAUCACAAGCUAUUAAUUUACCGGGAUAUUGUGUGGCUGUCGAUACAGCUCGCAUUUUGUCUAGAGGUGGAGGUACUCUUAUCUUUGUCAGAAAUGAUAUUACUCAACAUUGCACUCCAUUAGAUAUUACCUCUUAUUAUAAAGAAAAGACCUGUGAAAUGUGUGGAAUUUGUAUGGAAUUGGACGGACAAAAAAUAUUUGUUAUAGUCGUAUAUAGAUGUCCUCACUCCAAUUUUAAAUUAUUCAUAAAACAAAUAGAUUAUUUUCUUCAGAAGUUUAAUAAACAUAACAUCCUAAUCUGUGGUGACUUCAAUAUCAACAUAGCAGACACCUCAUCCCCGAACUCUAAAGAGUUUUUACAAACUCUUCGAGAACAUAACUUAAAGCCCACUAUUAUGGGACCAACAAGAACCACCCAGACCUCUGCAACAACUAUAGAUAAUAUAUUUACAGAUAUAAACAAUUAUAAUAAUACUAUGAUAGUCCCGUGCUCAUUUUCCGACCAUGAUGUCCAAGUUAUAUCAUUAAAUGUUCAUAAUUUAUCUAACAAAAGAACUAUCAAGACAGUUAAAAAGAGAUGGUACACAGAAGCAGCUAAUAUACAAUUCAGAAAUGCUCUUAAAUUAAUUGAUUGGUGGAACGUGUUUUGUAACUGUGGCCAUGACCAACAAAUAAUAAAAUUUUAUAAUAUCAUUAACAAACUCAUAAAUACUUUCUAUCCAGUUAAAAUUAUUACUAUUAAAAACAACAAUAGCAAAAAAUGGUUGACUCGAGGCAUUAAAAAAUCUUGUAGAAAUAAAAGAAGAAUGCUCUUGAAUCUAAGACGUAACCAUGAUGAUAAAUUGCAUGCAUAUUAUAAGCUAUAUGAAAACACUCUUAAGAAAACACUUGUGACAGCAAAAAUCAUUUACUCUAGAACAAGAAUUAGAAACGCAAAAUGUAAAUCUAAAGCCGUUUGGGAUAUGGUGAAAGAAAAUACUGGGAAAUUAAAAACAUAUAAGGAAAAGAAAUGGAAAAUAAAAAUAAAUAAUGAUACUGUAACUGACCCUAGGACUAUAAGUAAUAUGUUUAACCACUUCUUUGUGAAUAUCGGAAACGAUAAUAAACACCAUCCUAGCAUAGACUACAAUUUUUAUCUCCAAAAGAAAAAAGUCGACAAUGAAAAGUCAAUGUUCCUAUCGCCAAUUUUAGAACAUGAAAUUAUAGCUAUUAUUAAAAACUUAAAAAAUAGUAACGCAUGUGGACCUGAUGACAUAAAUACAGCCAUUUUAAAGAGGAAUAUUGAUAUACUGUGCAUACCCUUGUGCCAUAUAUUUAAUGAGCAUAUUAUAGCUGGUGUGUUUCCUGACAUACUCAAACACGCUAAAGUAAUACCCGUACACAAAAAGGGGAGUGUUAUGGACAUGAACAAUUACAGACCCAUCUCCUUAAUAUCUGUCAUAGGCAAAGUUUUCGAGAAGUGUAUAGCAGUAAGAAUAGAAAAAUACAUGAAUGAACGAAACUAUAUAACCGCUAAUCAGUUCGGCUUUCGUAGACACAAGGACACAGGUUUAGCAAUUACUGGGCUAGUUUCUGAGGUGAUGGAUAAUCUUAAUGAUGGUAUGAAGUGUGCUGGUAUCUUCUGUGACCUUAGUAAGGCGUUCGAUUGUGUAGGCCACGAAAUAUUACUACGCAAAUUAGAAUACUACGGUAUACGGGGAUCUGUUCAUUCGCUAUUAUCUUCAUAUUUGAGUAAUCGUCGUCAAUAUGUUGAACUUAGGCAUAAUGAUGAUAAUGGAAAUGAAAUUAUCACAAAUUCUAACGAUAGCGUCAUUAGAUGUGGAGUUCCGCAGGGAUCUGUUCUUGGGCCACUCUUAUUCAUUAUAUUCAUCAACGAUCUACCAGAAAGUUUAUCAGGCGGAACUCCAUACCUAUAUGCCGAUGAUACUAGUGUAAUAUUCAAAGCUCAGUCAUAUAAUUUACUACAGGAGUUAACAAAACUUAAUUGGAAUAACAUAUGUAAUUGGUUUGAUGCAAAUGGUUUAAAGUUAAAUUAUGAAAAAAGUUUUUAUAUGAUUUUCAGACGAGCCGUGAACUCUGAUGAUGUUAUCUUGGAUUUACCCAUAAAUAAAACAGAUUCCACUCGUUUCCUGGGCAUCGAGUUAGAUACAUACCUGAAGUGGCAUAAUCACAUAGACUACAUCUCCAAAAAACUUGCAAAAGCCUGUUACUCAUUAAAAACUAUGGCAAAAGUCGUUGAUGUAAAUACACUUAAAAUUAUAUAUUUUUGCUACGUAGAAAGCCUAAUCAAAUAUGCUAUUGAAGUGUGGGGAAAUAGUACCAGUGUAAACAAAAUACUACUAAUACAAAAAAAAUGCAUUAGAAUUAUAGAAAAAUGUUUUCCUACUACACAUAGACCUCUAUUCACUAAGCAUGGUAUUAAUACCGUCAUUGGAAUGUACAUUUACCAAGUUGCCAGAUAUAUUUACAAAAAUAAAAGCUCAUACAAAUUGGUGAACCAAACUCAAAGUUACUCGUUAAGACGAAAUCACUAUUUAACACUACCACGGUCGAAUUUUGUUCAGUUCCAAAAAAGCAUCAACUACACAGCAAUUAAAGUAUUUAACCAUCUACCAGAUGAAAUUAAAGAAUCUGAAGACCUGCGAGUAUUCUCAAAGAAGCUUAAAAGUUAUCUGGCUACAAGACCAUUUUACAGUCUCGAUGAAUAUUUUGCUAAAUUAUAUGACUAAUUACUGCUCUUGACAUUUAAUAAAAUAU